GCAAUGCGACAAGAUGUUGGAGCAGUUUGCCAGUUUCGAUGUUCGACGCUCCCAGUGUGGGGUGGCAGCAGAGCGCCCCAAGCUGCAUUGCCAGAUUGCCCGUCUGUUUGACGAGAUCGAUGACCCGCUAAUCAGUGUUGCCAUAGAGGUAUUCCAGGAGGACACUGACACGGAGGACAGCCUCACGCCUUUGUUGGAGACAGAAAAGGAAUCUGAGGAAUUAACUUCUCCGAGAGCCCAGUAUUCGUCAGCUUACAAGCUAUCCCUCUGA